GUGCGAUUCACACAGAGCUGUUCGCGCGAGAACAACCUGCCAACGACGACGCGUCUCGGCGAAUUCAGAAUUUGCGGAGACACGCUGCAGGCUAGAAGGAGGGUUGCGAAUCGGGCGGGUGAUAGACGGUGUUGACGCGUGUUUGUCGCACGAGCUAGCCAGAAGGAGUUCAUUUCAGGCGGAUGUGCACGACGCCUGCUCUUCCACCGCGACGUCCUCGUCGCCGGCGUCCAGCUGCAGCUGCCUUCCCCCGUCCAACUCCUCACCGUCCUUGCUUAUGAGCCUCAUGAACUCCCCAGACAUCCACGCCCGGGAGGACCACCUUCGCCAUCUCCUCGACCAGCGUGCUACCCGCGCUGACCUCCAUGGCCGGUUCCCUUCUCUGUCCGAGUUCUCUGACUCUCCCUCCGUAUAUAGCCGUCCCUAUUUUUCUCCAAGACCCACUGGCGCUCCAGCCGACGCCAACCUGGGCUCCUACGAGCUCAGCCUCCCGCCGCGGGGUCCACCGUCCGAGCCUCGCUCCCCCAUGUUCGACAGGGAGCGGCUCAACCUUCCCAAUGCGAGCUGUCUCGAUCUAGACGACGACUCGCAGUGCUCUUCCGUCGACCCUUCUAUGGAGGAUGAUGUGUCCCCUGCAGCGAGCGAGGAGGAGCUGCCCGGGAUAAGCACAUACGGUCCAAAAAUGACCGUCCACUCUCGUGCUCCCUGGGAGGUUGGUGAAGACGGCGCAUCAGAUCAUGAGGAGCCGUUAUCCCCGAGCUCAGGCAAGAAACGCUCCGGGAGUCGGAAAGACGGAGGCAAGAGGGUUUGGGGUUUGGGGAAAUCAAGCAGCGAAAGGCAGAGCGAAAAGAGACCGAGCACCGAUUCGAAUCGGUCGCAGAGUAGGCCGAAGCCGUCUAUGGAAUCAUAUCAAGGGAACGGCAGCGCUCUACUUGCCCUAGCGCAAGCGUCGAUGUCCUCUACAUCCCUUGCCAUAAAUUCGCCGCAGCCCACGCUACGCGACAAGCUCUCGCUCUCGCGCCUGCGACCUCGGACUCCCUCAAACGCCCAUCCUAUCGCACCGGAUUCUACCGACACAAGACCGUCCCCGUUCUCUGCUCAAUCAUCGGCCAAUGCAUCUCCGAUGUCACGCUAUGUGCAUCCAGCUUCCCCGACAUCACUAUCACCGUUGGAGACGUCAUUUGACCAGCCCCUCUCUCGUUCGCCUACGCCCAGCUCCUACGGCGAGUACACACAUCCCUUCGCAAACCCGGAUCUUGUGCGCCGUGCCUAUGACAAGCCGAAGUCUAUCUCGUCCCCAAAAUCCGGUAUCCAGCCUCCUCUUCCUAGCCCAACGUCCAUUGUCAACAGAAGCGACUCGAAUGCAACGCUCACGGAAAGUACCGCGAAUAGCAGCAUGUUCCAAUCGCGCUCCAAUACCACCAUGUCAUCCUUGACCCCUGUCACGUCUCUGUCUUCUGUUGAAGCGGGACCGAAAGAUCUAUCCCCCCACAACCCCCGCGGCAAAGGCAUAUCUGGUCCCAUGCUUGCCAAUAAGCCGUCCUUCUCGUCGAUAUCGAUGAUGAACGGUAUAGGCGGCGGCGCGUCCGGCUCCCAAGGCCCUGCUAGCCCUAGAAUGAGGGGUAACGACAAGCUGGUUAACAACCCAGCAUUCAUGGCUUUUGGAGAGAGUCCCGCAGGGGCGUCGAUCAAGCUUAUAUCCUUGGAACAGGCACAGGCGCAGGCACGGGAGCGCUCAAGAAGUGCCACUACGAACCCGGUCAUAUCGAGCAAUUAUGCGACUCCGAAGUCGCAGGUGGUAUCGUCCGACCAGGACCUCGAGGGCCCGGCUUCUGCUUCGAGGUCGCGCUCUGCAAGCAGCAGUGGGAAGACAAGGACGGAAUCCGGCCAGCGGCCGCCUAUGUCGGGCCAGACGUCUUCACAGGGAAGCCUACCGCCAAGAUCUGUGCAGCGCAAGAAGAGCGGAUUCAUGCGGUUGUUCAAUGGGAAGGAGAAGGAAAGGGGGAUGCAUUCCCCGCCUCCGCCGGUUCCUUCCCUAGCAUCCGAGGUGGCGUCCAUAUCGUCUCAGCCUGCGGUCAGGGAGCGCAAGGGGUCCGCUCAUCGCGUCCCGGUUCCUUCGCUUUCUCCUUCCCUUGCGGAUGGAGAGGUGAGUGCUGCAACGGGCGGUUCGGGCAGCUCGUCAGACUCGCAUAGUGGUUCCCCAUCGAACAGAGGGUCACCCGCUUCGAGAGAGCGUCAGUUGAACGCUAGACGUAACGCACCAGGUCUGUCGAUAAACACAUCGGCGCAUCCCUCAAGGCUCUAUGCCCCUCAUUCCUCAGUGAGCGAGAAGUCGUCUUCGCAUGGCCACACGAUCACCAUUACGCCGACUGUCAGCGAGUCAUUCUCUAGUGUCGCUACGGACACGCUUCCGCCUAGCAGCGCCCCGCCGAUGUCUUCUGACUUCAUCGGUCUGAGCCUCCGCCCCGUCUCGACGUUGUUUAGCAACAACUUCGGUGAACAGCUCGUGAGUCCUGUCACCAUGGACCCGGAUACAGGCACGCCCACGACAGCUGCGACGGCGAUCUCUCCGCUCAGCACCGAGUUCCCGCUGCAGCUCAGGGGCUACGCGGGGCCACCAGAGGAUGGCAAGUCGGCGCCUAUGAUUUCGCGGGACUCACAGGAUGAACAAUCCUCUAUGGUUGAGGCGUUGCAGGAUCAGAUUCUCAUGGCGCGUCGUGCGUGGCAGCGGCAGAUCUGGGAGCUCGAGGGUCAAGUGCGCGACCUCAAGGCCGAAGUGGAGGAGCUUCGCAUGACGGAAAACACUGCCCCGUACUGCUCUGCAUGUGGGCGGGGGAAUGUGGGCCGCCCCGGUCCCGACAGCAAUAGCUGCGUUGACGAGUUGAAGAAGGCCGGUGUCAGGGUUGGUGUGGUCAACCGGCCCAGGGCCCGCACGGGAGUGGGGUCCCGCUUCGCCAGCGGGACAUAGACCUCGCUCGCUCAACGUUUCUCCUAUUUACGCAUGGCCGACCGCGUUGGUGCUUUCCCGCUCUUUCCAUUUCGCCGCUCGCAGUCUCAUUGUACAACAGCUACUGUAGAACACACCCGGACCUCUUUUAUCUCUAUCUAGUGUUGUCGGCCGGAAGUUUAUGCCUCUUUAUUCCUAUCACUAUUCCGCGGUCCGCAUUGCAUCCUGUUUGUCCGUUGCCAUUGUUCUGUGCAUACAUCUUCGUCUUCCUUCCCUCUGGUCUUCACGUUCACACUUUUUUCCGUCGCCAUAUUGCAUAUAGACCACGUCGUAAUGUGCCGCACCGUACACCUUUCUCCCUAUU